CGAGUCUAGAGAGAGGGAGAGAGAGAGAGAUGACGAUGGAGAUGAAGGUGGAGCAUCUGAAUCAGCUCAGGGAGAUAUUCAAUCGGUUCGAUAUGGAUUCCGACGGCAGCCUCACCCAGCUAGAGCUCGCCGCCUUCCUCCGCUCCCUCGGCCUUAUCAGCAACGCGGCCGGCGGCCCCUUGCCGGGCGACCAGGUCCGCCUACUCCUCGGUCACAUGGACGCCAACGGCAAUGGCCUGGUCGAGUUCCACGAGAUGGUCGAAGCCAUCGCGCCGGAGCUCAGCAGGCAGGAGGAGCUUCUCCGCCUCUUCCAGGCCUUCGACCAGGACGGCAACGGCUACAUCACCGCCGCGGAGCUCGCCCGCUCCAUGGCCAAGCUCGGCCACGCCCUCACCCUCCGCGAGCUCACCGACAUGAUUCGGGAGGCCGACUCCGACGGCGAUGGCGCCAUCAGCUUCCCGGAGUUUGCCUCCGUCAUGGCGAAGUCGGCCGCCGAUUCCAAACUUGGCGGAAAAUUUUAGAACUGUGAACCUUGAGUCUCCGUCCCAACCUAACAAUUGAGAACGUCAAGAAUCGCGGUCGACCGACUAAUCGAUGAAACCACGCGCCUUAGAAGACAUGGCUACGGUUUCUUCUCCUUCUUCUUAUGUUCUUGGGCAAUUUUCUCCCCAUUACUUUGAGGGGGUUGUUUGGCGUUCUCUAUCUUCUUUUCCUUUGCCAAGAAAAUAUUUCUCCUUUUGUUUCAUUUUCUUUUUCUUUUGUAAGUAAAGAUAUUUCGCUUGAUUUGUGAA